GUGGCUCCUUUAAGAGCCUGAGCACCCCCCCCCCCCUCCUCCUCCCCCUCCUCCUCCUCUGAUCCGCCGUGGACGCGUUUGCAUAAGAAAAUCAAGCCGGGAGCCGAGAGUGAUCAAAGAACCGGAGGAGCGCGGAUCCGUUUAGAACUCUGACGCUCCGGAGGCGCACGGACCCGCGGAGGGAGGCGCGCGCCGGACCAUCAUUCAUCCGGUCACUUUUGACAAGCCCUCGCGGGUUUUUCUCCUCUUUCUGUGUGACUGACAGGCGGAGCGGCAGAACGCAGCCAUGAGAGGCUCCACUUUUCACUGAGGGUCUCCCCCCUCCCGAGAGAAAACACCCGGAUCCUGGUGCCGCCGCGCGGGGACGGACAGCCGAGCACGCGUUCGCCGCAGCGCCGAGGCUAAACUUGCGCGAAAGCUGCGGGAUCUGCGGGGCUUCGGGGAGCAGCUCGGCCGGGAGAGGAGGAGGAGGAGGAGGAGGAAGAGGAGAAACUGGAUUUUCGCUCCAACAUCUUCUCGCCUGGUUUGGAUUUUCUUGCGCGUCAAUCCUGGAGCGGAUUUACCCGAACUGAGCGCAGGGAGUCCGGAGGGUUAUGGCGCAGCGGGUACGUAGCGCAAAACAACAGAAAAGUUCCUCAGCGCUCCGAGACUCGCACGUCUCACGCACGGACACCAAAGUUUGUUCCGUGACCUCCGGGUACGAAGACUUGCCCCACUACGGGAUGGACGGGGUGGGCAUCCCGAGCACCAUGUACGGAGACCCGCACGGCGCGCGCUCCAUGCAGGCGGUGCACCUCAACCACGGGCCCCCCCAGCUGCACUCCCACCAGUACCCGCACACCGCGCACACCAACACCAUGCCCCCCAGCAUGGGCUCCUCGGUCAACGACGCUCUCAAGAGAGAUAAAGACGCUAUUUACGGACACCCCCUCUUCCCUUUGCUUGCACUGAUUUUUGAGAAAUGUGAAUUAGCGACGUGCACCCCCAGAGAGCCCGGGGUGGCGGGGGGAGACGUGUGUUCCUCGGAGUCCUUCAAUGAAGACAUAGCUGUGUUUGCAAAGCAGAUCCGGGCAGAGAAACCUCUGUUCUCCUCCAACCCGGAGCUGGAUAAUCUGAUGAUCCAAGCCAUUCAAGUUUUACGAUUUCAUCUUCUGGAGCUGGAGAAGGUGCACGAGCUCUGUGAUAACUUCUGUCACCGGUACAUCAGCUGCUUGAAGGGAAAGAUGCCCAUCGACUUGGUCAUAGACGACCGGGAGGGGGGCUCCAAGUCCGACAGCGAGGAGAUCACGAGAUCCGUGGCCCUGGAUCAG